GGAUAUCCUUCCCAUCAGUCUCAGUCCGGAGGCAGCAGGAUAGAGAGGCAGAGGCGGAGAAGGCGGCUGGCCGGACGGGAGGAGCAGAGAGCAGAGCACCCAGAGCCAGGAGGAAGAAGAGGAAGGCGAAGCGAAGGUCCGAGCCUCCGAGGAUGCCGUGCCUGAACGUGUCGACGAACGUCAACCUGGAGGGGGUGGACACCUCUGCCAUCCUCGGCGAAGCCUCCACGGCCGUCGCCAACAUCAUCGGCAAGCCAGAGGCCUACGUGAUGGUUGUUCUCAAGGGUUCAGUGCCUAUGGCAUUUGGAGGUACCCAGGAGCCUGCAGCUUAUGGUGAGCUGGUUUCCAUUGGAGGGCUGAACCCUGAUGUCAACAAGAAGCUGAGUGCUGGCAUUGCUUCUAUUCUGGAGUCAAAGCUGUCCAUUCCCAAGUCCCGCUUCUACCUCAAGUUCCACGAUUCAAAGGCUCAUCCAGCACAAGAACAUGCUCAAUGUUUGCAUGCUUUGCAUCAAGAAUAGAUCAUCGCUCGGACUUUGGUUGGAAUGGCUCCACCUUCUAGAUUCGAGGUCCAUGGGUGUGGCUCCACCGCUCCUGUGAAGGAAGAUCGUCUUCCCUAAUGUCUUGUCCAUUGCAUAAUGGCCUAAUAAGGACUCUGUUGUAAGAUGUCAGUUAAUUUGUGCUGAACUGAAGUGAAAACUGUCAUGCGGAACUGGGGCACAGACUUGUUCAUUGCAACCUAGCAUAUUCGUGCCGUGCUGUGUUGGCUUGCACAAACUUGGUCAUCUUGGUUCGUCCUUCGGGUUGGGUAUGGUAAGCUUGAAAUGAUUAUGUCUA